AUGGAUGCCUCGGACCCGCGACGACGCACCUCGCGUGCCGACGACUCGGACCCGCGACGACGCACCUCGCGUGCCGACGACUCGGACCCGCGACGACGCACCUCGGGCGCUGACGACUCGGACCCGCGACCAAGCACUUCACGCGCCGACGACUCGGAACCGCGACGACGCACCUCGCGUGCCGACGUCUCGGACCCGCGACGACGCACCUCGCGUGCCGACGACUCGGACCCGCGACCAAGCACCUCGGGCGCUGACGACUCGGACCCGCGACCAAGCACUUCACGCGCCGACGACUCGGAGCCGCGACCAAGCACUUCACGCGCCGACGACUCGGAGCCGCGACCAAGCACUUCACGCGCCGACGACUCGGAGCCGCGACCAAGCACCUCGCGCGUGGAUGAAAGGCAGUCGAGAUUCGGCAGUACAAUUCAGGCUCACUUGGAACCGCACUACAUAUCGAUAGAAGCUUCUCGUGGGCGAGCCGAGACAGUGCAAGCAUCAUUGAGUUCUGUUUCGGCGACCGAGAGAAAAAUGAAGCUCACAGGUGAGACAGGAAGUUGUGCCGAUGUGGAGCUGGCGGAUGAGUUUUUGGUUGUGCAGGUCACAGCAUUGAAUGCUUUGUACAAGAAUGCCUUGUGCCAAGAAUGCUUUCAGCCGGGACUGACUGUUCAUUUGGGAACAAGGCAUGGAUUGGCUGCACGAAUGCUACUGACCUGCAAUGCCUGCGGCAUUGUUGCAAGUGAAUGGUCAUCGCCGUGA